GAGGCUUCCACCCCGGAGAGCUCCUGACACCCGACCCCGCUGGCACCCAGCCCAGACUCCCAAGCUCCCCUGAGCACAAAUGCCAGAAAAACAGGCUGCCCGGCCAGGAACAGGGCUGGCCUGGGCCCUGUGCUGUCUACUUGGGUGGCUCUGCUGGGAUCGGCGGGGCUCCUGAGCUUCUCUUUGGUCUGAGCCCCAUUCUCAAGGGCAUCUUAGCAGAGCUGAUCGCGUGUUUGCCACCACUGGCUCUCAAUUUUGACAAACUCCACUAAAAACGAAUCUGCAGACGUAUCUUAACAGAAGAGGGAUUAUGAGAGAGCAGCACGCCUGCGCCUCUGUCCCUUAGGGCGUCCACCGUGGACCGUGGCCUCUGCCCACUGCAGCGCGGGUACAGACACAGCUUUCUGGGUCCACUCGGGACCUCUAGGAACGGGACCUGGAAGUCUCCGAUCUUAACAAGCUUCCUAGACGACUCUCUGCUGGUCCUACGUCUGAGAACCACCGUGUACAUUCUUGCCAAGCCAUCGCGAAGGUCACAUUCUGUCACCAAACCGUAGCUUGGGGACUGGAGGGACCGAGGGUCCACCGUGUACCUCCCAACAGUCAGCUCGUCUGUGGGAUGUCCACUCUGUUCGAGUGUGUCUGCUGAUAAGAUGUCUCGGCCACUGUUCCAAGAUGCCCUUGUCUGCCAGCCCACUGACUGCGUGGGGGGCACACAGUCCAAGCCCCCCAGGUCCUGGAAAGCCAGUUCCCGCCCCUUCUUGUUACAUGACACUUGCAGAGGCCUCAUGGGCAGAAUCAACAGAAGCCCAUCAGCAUCGCUGUGCAGAGCGCGAGCUUUCGGCCACGCCACCAGCGGAGCCAGAAGCCCGGGGCUGCGUCUGGCCAAGGAGGGUGAGCACGGGUCACCCCAAGUCAGCAAGGCUCGGCUUCCAGAGGCCCCAUCAGCGUGACUGCGCCGGGUGCAAGGAGGAGAUCAAACACGGCCAGUCUCUCCUGGCGCUGGACAAGCAGUGGCACGUCAGCUGCUUCAAUUGCCAGACCUGCAGCGUGAUCCUCACCGGGGAAUACAUCAGCAAGGAUGGCGUUCCAUACUGUGAGUCUGACUACCACUCCCAGUUUGGUAUUAAAUGCGAGACUUGCGACCGAUACAUCAGCGGCAGGGUCCUGGAGGCUGGAGGGAAGCACUAUCACCCAACCUGCGCCAGAUGUGUCCGCUGCCACCAGAUGUUCACCGAAGGGGAGGAGAUGUACCUCACGGGUUCUGAGGUCUGGCACCCCAUCUGCAAGCAGGCAGCGCGGGCAGAGAAGAAGUUAAAGCACAGGCGCACGUCUGAAACGUCCAUCUCACCCCCGGGAUCCAGCAUCGGGUCACCCAACCGAGUCAUCUGCGCUAAAGUGGACAAUGAGAUCCUUAAUUACAAGGACCUGGCAGCUCUCCCCAAGGUUAAGUCCAUCUAUGAGGUGCAACGCCCCGACCUCAUUUCCUACGAGCCUCAUUCCAGAUACACGUCCGACGAGAUGCUGGAGCGAUGUGGCUACGGCGAGUCGCUGGGAACGCUGUCUCCCUACUCUCAGGACAUCUAUGAGAACCUGGACCUCCGGCAGAGACGGGCCUCCAGCCCGGGAUACAUCGACUCCCCCUCCUACAGCCGGCAGGGCCUGUCCCCCACCUUCUCCCGCUCGCCUCACCACUACUACCGCUCCGGGCCCGAGAGUGGCCGGAGCUCUCCAUACCAUAGCCAGUUAGAUGUGAGGUCCUCCACUCCGACCUCUUACCAGGCUCCCAAGCACUUUCACAUCCCAGCUGGAGAAAGUAACAUCUACCGGAAACCGCCCAUCUACAGGCGAUCUGGCGAUCUGUCGACGGCAACCAAGAGCAAAACGAGUGAAGACAUCAGCCAAGCCUCCAAGUACAGCCCAGGCUACUCGCCAGACCCCUACUACGCUGCGGAGUCUGAGUACUGGACCUACCAUGGCUCCCCGAAAGUGCCCCGAGCCAGAAGAUUCUCAUCGGGAGGAGAGGAGGAUGAGUUUGACCGCAGCAUGCAGAAGCUCCAGAGCGGAAUUGGCCGCCUGAUUCUGAAGGAAGAGAUGAGGGCCCGGUCCAGCUCCUACGCAGACCCCUGGGCCCCGCCGCGGAGCUCCACCAGCAGCCGGGAGGCCCUGCACACCGCUGGCUGCGAGCUGUCCCUCAACGGCUCCCCUCGGUCCCACUACCUGGCUGACAGCGAUCCCCUCAUCUCCAAAUCCGCCUCCCUGCCUGCCUACAGAAGAAACGGGCUGCACAGGACGCCCAGCGCGGACCUGUUCCACUACGACAGCAUGAAUGCCGUCAACUGGGGCAUGCGAGAGUACAAGAUCUACCCAUACGAGCUGCUGCUGGUCACCACGAGAGGAAGAAACCGGCUGCCCAAGGACGUGGACCGGACGCGUUUAGAGCGCCACCUGUCCCAGGAGGAGUUCUACCAGGUCUUCGGCAUGACCAUCUCCGAGUUUGACCGGCUGGCCCUCUGGAAGAGGAACGAACUGAAGAAGCAAGCCCGGCUGUUCUAGGCAGAGGCUCUAUAAAUAUAUAUGCAUUUAUAUACAGAUAUAUGUAAAAUCUCUAUCCCGAAGCGCGGUAUAACCCUCUCUUGUGUAAUGGGACACGCUGCCUGCCAUGAGACUCCUUUUUCUGUACCAUCAGGCAAGCCCACAUCAGCGAGCUAUUUUUAUGCUCCUUACUUUCUCUUUUCUAAGUGCACUGGGGUUGGGAAGGGAUUUGAGGGCACUCCCGUCCUUUUACUGGGGAGCUUUUUUAUACCAAAACACCUGUCCUGACUUGGGUUCCCCGAGGCCCACCUCUCCCUCCUAAGGGAGGUGCCCAAGGGAUCUCUCUUCCCCCCGCCGCUUGGCUCCGCUCCCCAGGCUCCAGAGGCCAGGCUGGCCAUGCAGUUCUCCCACCUUAUUGGCCCCGGGGGGCCCCCUCCUGGGAGGAGCCACAGCAUCCGUCCCGAGUCUCUGAGCACCUCUGGGAGCCGGGAAGGGUUUCUGACCACCCCCACGAGGGCUCACGUGCUCCCUGGGGGUGAUGCAGCCCAAAGGGUGGGCCCCACAUCGACUCGUUGCAGAAGCAGACCAGCGGCCAGGACCUUGGCCUCCGCUCCCCUUCCCAGUGCCCCGUCCCUUGAGCCUCCCCCUCUCUCGUCCUAAUCUACGACCCCCCCGAGGAGGAGAGAAAGCACUUCCCUUCCCCGCACCGUUACUGCCAGCGGCCCCUGCCCGGCGCCCAGUGGAGAACCGGAGGGAAGGAGCGGGAGGCGGAGCAGAGCGCCCGCUAGAACGGUGAUCACCUCUCAGGGCCCCGCUCACUGCUCCCCGAACCUCCUGGCUCUCCCGCCCUGGAGGAGAGGCCCGUGACCGCGCCUGAAGUCCUCAGCCUUACGACAAUCUACGUGCCUGACACCUCACCGCAGGGCUCAGGCUCCCCCCCAGCUCCAGCCGAAGACCUGGACAGACAGUCACCCCCCAGCUCCAGCCGAAGGCCUGGACAGACAGACACAGCGCCUGGGUCACCGAGGCCGUGUCCUCCAUCUGCUGGUGCCUCGGCUCCCGCUGCGGCGCUGGCCACGGGUGCCGGGGGACCCUGCGGAGGAAGGGCCGCCUGCGGGAUUCCGAAGUGGAGCGCCGGCCAGACCCUCGUGGGCCUGCUGGCUCCCUCGGCGGCUGCCUUCCCUGCCUCCCUGCCUUCCGGGACGGGGGUGGGCGGUGAACCUUCUCUCCGCCCCUCCCCAACCUGCAGCGGCGCGUUGGCGAUGUCUGGUGGGAUCUCCUCCUCCCUGGAGAUGCCCUGAGUCAGACCACUGAGGUCAAGGAGGAAGAAGCAGAAGUGGCAAUUUCGACUCUCAGGGGGCUGCCGACGUGAUGUGGCAAAUCCAGAACUGACGUCCACCCAACGAACCCUCACUGAGCACCUGUGCUAAGCACCUACUGCAUACUGCGCACCGAACGGGGGAGGGAGAUGGGUAUACCGGGAUGAUCGCCGUGGGGCCCCGUCCGGGGCACACGCCCUACCAACCGGCAUCAUCACACACGUGGUCAAACAGGAUGAUGUGCGGCAGGAAGUGACAGACAGCGUGGGCAAGUGACAUUACUGAGAAGGAGAGCGCUCUGGCUGAGACGGCCUUGGCGCAACGUCCAGAAAGGUCUCUGUUGACGGGGAGGAGGCUGACUUGAAAGGGGGUGGGAUGGGGGCCAGAAGGGAGGGUUAACAGGCUCUCAUUUAAACUGUCAACCCUCUUGGCAACGUCUCUUUUUGGCCUAUGUCUUUCGACUGUCCUGACCCCUUUCGAAAUGUCCCCAGCCAGACGCAAGCAUUGAAACUGCCUCAUUAUCACUGGUUGAGAACUUGGCAAAGACAGAAAGGCUUUUGUUACUGUUGCUGGAUAUGUUCUUUCUCAUAAAAGCACAUCAUUUCACCCCGUA